ACAACAGUAGAGCCGAAACACAACCAAGACAAAGCAGUUUGAGCAAGGCACACACACCGGGAACCGAGCCAGGAGCACUCCUGCACUUUGAUCAGGCCACCGACAGCUUGCACUCACUCCUGAUUACUUUUUUUUGGUCCUUGUUUGAGUAGCAGCAUCAAGUGAAGAUGCCUUUUCUGGGACAGGAUUGGAGGUCCCCUGGCCAGAGUUGGGUUAAAACCGAGGAGGGAUGGAAAAAGACCACAGCAGACGACAAAAACAACAACGUGUCCGUGGAGAGAUACUGCAAAGCCGAGGAGGAGGAGGAGUGUUUCAACAAGGAGAACCUGCUGCUCUCUCUCAACUACGACAUGGCUGCCAAGAAGAGGAAAAAGGACCUCAUGAACAACAACACCAAGGUCCCCUAUUUCCACAGGGAGAAGUGGAUUUACGUUCAUAAAGGGAGCACCAAGGAGCGCCACGGAUAUUGUACGCUGGGAGAGGCCUUCAACCGCUUAGAUUUCUGCAGCGCCAUCAAGGACACAAGAAGAUUUAAUUACGUCGUCAGACUGCUGGAGCUUAUCGCCAAGUCCCAGCUCCCCUCGCUCAGCGGAGUGGCGCAGAAAAACUACAUGAAUAUCCUGGAGAGAGUGGUACAGAAAGUCCUGGACGACCAGCAGAACGUUCGUCCCAUCAAGGAGCUGCUGCAGACGCUCUACGUGUCCCUGUGCACCCUCGUCCAGGACAUGGGCAAGUCCGUCCUGGUGGGGAACAUCAACAUGUGGGUUCACCGCAUGGAGAACAUCCUGCAGUGGCAGCAGCAGCUGGACAGCAUCCAGAUCAACAGGCCCACCUCUAAAGGCAUGACGCUGACCGAGCUGCCUGCCAGCCUGCAGCUGAACAUCAUGCAGCGUCUGUCGGACGGCAGGGACCUGGUCAGCCUGGGCCAGGUGUGUCCCACCCUGGGCGCCCUCACUGAGGACCGUCUGCUCUGGAAGAGACUCUGCCAGUACCACUUCACCGACAGACAGAUCCGAAAGCGCCUGAUGGUGUCAGAUAAGGGCCACCUGGAGUGGAAGAAGAUGUACUUCAAGCUGAGCCGCUGCUACCCUCACAGAGAGCAGUACAGCGACACCCUGCACUUCUGCACACACUGCCACAUCCUCUUCUGGAAGGACACAAACCAUCCCUGCACCGCCAACAACCCCGAGAGCUGCACGAUGUCCCUCUCUCCUCAAGACUUUAUCAACCUGUUCAACUUCUAAGCAAACGCACACACACACACACACACACAGAUACACACACACACACACACACACACACACACACACAUAUGGACACAUAUAUAUAUGUAUAAACACUCCCUACCCCAAACCCUGCCAGACAAACUGAUUGUACAUAUUGUACAUAGACAUGUACUAUGUUUUUGUUAAUAGCACAAUCAAUUCUUGGAUGUAUAUUUAGGCACGGUGUGAGUGUGGGUGGGGGGAGUCAGGCAGCGGGACAACUAAAGCAAUAGAGUUUCUUUUCAAAAAAGCCCAGAGGCACUCUGGGAAAUUUGCCGUUGAGAGCCAGUGAAUGUGACGGAGGAAGAGGAGGACAUGUAGCAGUAGGUGUGUGGACGGGAGGAGGAGGGACGUGGAGCGGGACAAAGGGAACAUUCUCAGCUGUUGGAGAGGGUUUGGUCCUGGUUUAGCGUGAAUUUGAAAACACACCGCUGGCCUUCACUGAGGGCAGCUGUAAAAGGCUUGAGUUGUUUUUUUUUUUGUUUUUUUUUUAAAUCGCAGAAUUUGAUUUGAUUUUUGGCUUUAAAUCUUUUUUUAGUCUUUUCGACACGGGAAGUAGGAAAACCUUUCAAACUCUUGAGUUGUUUAACGUUUGAAAUUGUGAUUCAUUUAAUAUCAAGGCGAUUCUAGGCCUGUGCACAUGCAGUGUGUUUGGGAUCUGGAGAAAGUUUGCGAUCUUGUUGUGUUUGUUUUGCCACUGGGACGGGGUGAGGGGAAACUGAGUUGCUCCGGCACAGUAAAAAUGAUGAACAUGAGAAAUGGAGUGGGUAAAUUGAUCACCAGAAUUGUAAUGUGAUUCUCUGAUAUGUUAACAUACCUGUCUUUUCUAUUUUGCUUUGUUCUUUUACACUUUUAUAAAACUUUGAUAUUACUGAAAAGUUUUUUUUUAUUGAUUGUGUGUGCUUAUGUUUUUUUGUUGCGGCUGCUGAAGCUCCAACAGCAUCUGAGUGCAGUAUUACCAAAGAUUGUAAUCGAAAUAUGGCAAUAUAACAAUAGUGUGCCUUAUCAUGAAACUUGAAAACGGUACAGCUUAAUACUUGUUUGCGAUUUCUUUCACAAUCUGAUGCUGUUUUAUCCUAAACAAAUGGCUCCUCCACAAGACAAGGUAUUCAACAGCUAGGGCUUUCAAACCAAAGAGAUACUGCUCAGCUGAAACUUUUUAUUUCCUAUGGCCGCCUGCAUGAUGCUUUUUUUUUUUUUUUUUUUUUUUUUUUUUUUUUUUAUACCCAGACCAUGUGUUUACUUAUUUAUUAGGUUUCUGGCAAGUGGCACACUUGCACUGUUGGGUAUCAAAGGCAUGGAAGUAUUUGUAGAAUGGUGCAAUUUUCACGUAGACGUUCAUUUGUUACUGCUUAGACGGUGACGAGGUGAUGUACAUGCUGUGCAAUGCAUUUUGUUCUAUGUUCUGUUGAAUAAAUAAAUAACUAGAAAGAAAACAA